AUGGGAACGGACGUCAGAGACCUGAGCGCCCUUCUACCAGCGGUCCCGUCGCUGGCCGGGGUGAACAGUAACUGUUCUUUGCCUGUCAGCGGAGCUCCGCAGUGGGGGCCGAUGCUGGACUUUCACACAGGCUCCUCGUACGGAUCUCUUCCCUCCUAUUCGUUCAUCAAACAGGAGCCAGGCUGGGGGCCAGCGGACCCUCACGAGGACCCUCACUGUGGUCAGGGGGCCUUCACCGUACACUUCUCAGGGCAGCUCACAGGAGCCGGAGGCUGCAGACACGGGGCUUUUACAGAUUCUCCUUCCAGUCAGAACAAGAUGUUCUCCAGCGGGCCUUAUCUGACAGGCUGUAUGGACAGUCCUCCUGUAGCACGGAACCAGGGUUAUGGUCCAGUGACACUGGAUGGAGCUCCCAGUUACGGCCACACACCUGCACACCACACGACAUCAUUCCCCAACCAUUGCUUUAAAUAUGAGGACACCAUGUCUCCACAAAGCACCAUGGGUGAGCAGCAGUACUCCUUCCCUCCACCGGUUUAUGGGUGCCACAGUCCUCCUGACAGUCAGACGCUGCUCUUGAGAAAUGCAUUCAACAGUGAUAGUCUAUAUCAAAUGGCGUCCCAGUUGGAUUGUGUGACCUGGAACCCCGUCAGCCCUCUGACGCCCCCCAUUAAGUCUCACAGUUCAGGUUAUGAGACUGAAGCGUCUGCAGCAGCUCCUGUGGUGUACAGCUGUAGUGCUCAGUAUCACAUACACACCAAUGGUGUGUUCAGAGGAAUGCAGGAUGUGCGGAGAGUACCAGGCAUCACUCCCUCUAUCGUGAAGUCAUCGGAAGGCAAUGAGAAACGUCCUUUCAUGUGUUCAUACCCCGGGUGUAGUAAAAGGUACUUCAAGCUGUCCCACCUGCAGAUGCACGGCAGGAAACACACAGGAGAGAAGCCGUACCAGUGUGAUUACACAGGCUGUGGCCGCAAGUUCUCCAGAUCUGAUCAGCUCAAGAGACAUCAGCGCAGACACACAGGAGUCAAACCCUUUCAGUGCGAGACAUGCGAAAGAAAGUUUUCUCGCUCCGAUCAUCUCAAAACACACACAAGGACUCAUACAGGUAAAACAAGUGAGAAACCUUUUGUCUGUCGCUGGCAGAGCUGUCAGAAGAAAUUCGCCCGCUCAGAUGAACUGGCCAGACAUCACAGUAUGCAUCAGAGAAACACGACCAAACUCCAGCCUUCAAUAUGAGACACCAACACUAUAAACACACACACAGACAGACGCUGAGAUACUCUCAAUAGAUGGACAUGACCAGAUGAGCUGUUAACAUGAAGUUACAGCCACAGGUGAAUCUGCUAUAAUGUAUGCAUAUGCAUUUAUGUAGAAGCGCUUUCCAUAUGCUAUAUAUGGGAACAGUGCUGUUUACUACGAGCAAUAUUUUACAUCUUGUUUUUGUAAAUAAGGAUUCAUUUUUCAUGUACAUUAUUACAAAUGGUACAAAUUUUAUGUACAUGAACGAAAAGGUGAUUGCACUGGAUAUAUAGGUCAUAUUUUUUGUGCCGAAUGUAAACAGGUUUACAUAAUUUGGAACAUCCAUUUAAAAAGUGAAAUUUGACUAAAUUGUUCAUACAGUGAACUCUGGUUCAUCUUUGUAUAUAUUAUUUG